CUGUCAGUAGCAGCCAGAUGGAAACGUAGGCAAGUGAAUGUGGUGAGGUCAUGUAUUUUUAAGCCGCACAACGGAAUAAAUCGUCCUCCACCGGCGGCACAAACAAACUGGUCCGCCGCACCGACACGUUACGCUGCCGAUCGAACCGCGGGGCGAUCGCUACAGUCUCGGUUUGGAUGAACGGAGAGGACAUUUUUUGAUGCACAGAGAGCAGUAAUUGAAGAUUUCACCAUGAACAAAAACAAGCGAGAGAGGGAGUUCUACAGCCUCGAUGUGGGAGACUCGACGUUCACAGUCCUGAAGCGAUACCAGAAUCUAAGACCCAUCGGCUCAGGAGCGCAGGGGAUAGUGUGCUCUGCUUACGACCAAAUGCUUGAACGAAAUGUUGCCAUCAAGAAGCUGAGUCGGCCGUUUCAAAAUCAAACCCAUGCCAAGAGGGCGUACAGAGAGCUAGUCCUAAUGAAAUGUGUCAAUCACAAAAAUAUCAUUGGCCUAUUAAAUGUAUUUACACCACAAAAAUCAUUACAAGAUUUUCAAGAUGUCUACUUGGUGAUGGAGCUGAUGGACGCCAACCUGUGCCAGGUCAUUCAGAUGGAGCUGGACCACGAGAGGCUGUCUUAUCUGCUCUAUCAGACGCUGUGCGGUAUCAAACACCUCCACGCUGCCGGCAUCAUUCACAGGGAUCUGAAGCCAAGUAACAUAGUCGUCAAGUCCGAUUGUACACUGAAGAUCUUGGACUUUGGCCUGGCUCGGACGGCGGCCACCGGCCUCCUGAUGACACCGUACGUGGUGACACGUUACUACAGAGCACCUGAGGUCAUCCUGGGCAUGGGAUAUCAAGCCAAUGUGGACGUAUGGUCAGUGGGCUGCAUUGUGGCUGAAAUGAUCAGGGGAAGCGUGUUGUUCCCCGGCACUGAUCAUAUUGAUCAGUGGAACAAGGUCAUUGAGCAGCUCGGCACCCCAACUCAGGAAUUCCUCAUGAAGCUGAAUCAGUCGGUAAGAACGUACGUAGAAAACAGGCCACGCUACGCUGGAUACAGCUUCGAGAAACUCUUCCCAGACGUGCUCUUCCCUGCUGACUCUGAUCACAACAAACUGAAAGCGAGCCAAGCCAGAGAUCUCUUAGCCAAGAUGUUAGUGAUUGAUUCCUCCAAACGAAUCACUGUAGACGAGGCCCUGCAGCACCCCUACAUCAAUGUUUGGUACGACCCAGCAGAAGUGGAAGCGCCACCUCCGAAGAUUCCGGAGAAAGCAUUGGACGAGAGGGAGCACACCGUGGAGGAGUGGAAAGAUCUAAUUUAUAAGGAAGUGAGUGAUUGGGAUGAGUGGGCAAAAAAUGGAGUGAUAAGAGGCCAGCCACCUCCUUUAGGUGCAGCAGUGAUCGACAGCCCCCCCCAGCCCACGUCCUCCUCUUCCUCGGCCAACGACGUCUCGUCCAUGUCCACGGAGCCCACUGACCCGUGCAGCGACCCCACCUUGACCUCUGAAACAGACAGCAGCUUGGAAAGCCAUACCUCUCUGGGUGCGCUGGCCUGCUGCAGAUAACAGACACAUACUACACACACACACACACACACACACACACACACACACACACACACACACACACACACACACACACAUAAAACCGUUGUCUCAUCAGUGUGUGUGAUGGGAAAAUUGUUUUGGCCAAUGAAAGUUCUCAUGUUAGUUUGUAGAGCUGCGCUUUUAAUGUACAGUUUCUUUUUAUUUCCCCCUCCCUCUACACUGCUGUACAUGACUGUGGUUUGAAACUGUAUCAUUAUUACUGUAUUUUUGCUGCAAAGAAUCAAGAGUAUGUUUUGAUGUGAAUCUGUGGUGUGUGUGUUAUGAAAGAGAGGGAUUCUCCUUUUUUUAGCUGCUGCUGUUGAGCACUGCAAUAUUACGUUGGGUAUAUUUUGGAAUCGGUCAUUUGACAUUUUUUUGAUAAUUUUUUGGGACAUUUGAAUGAAUUCUUUCUUUAGAGGUAGACUAGAGCACAUUUUUCUUCUCUAAUGCAAAUAGAUGCUUUUAUUUUGACACAGCUCCUCAUCUUUCUUGUAGAAAGCAUCCUACGUUAACUUAUUUCUUAGUAUUUUAUCACUUCUGAUUGUGUGUGUGUAUCAGGACAAGCAGUCAAAUGGUCGGUUGCCCUGACUCUGCAUUUCUUUUUUACGAUAGCAUUCUGCAAACUGACUGUAUUGUAACUUAUUUAUUGACUCACGUGGGAUUCGUAGGUUUUGGUCUGUUGUAUGAGGAAGAACAGGGUGAAUGUAAAGUCAAUAGAAAUGUGGAAUUGUAAGGAGCCAAUGAUUGCUGUUCGCGCUGUACCAACUUCAUACAGGCCUCUCCACUGGUUAUAUGAGUGAGGUGUAUUUUGGGCAACUGUCACAUCAGCCACUUUGCCCUUUUGGCAGGUUUUCUCAGACAUUAUUUACAGCCGUUGGAUAUUCAAGAUAUUUCGUUUUUAAGUGCCCUUAACUCAGUUCAGUGAUUUUUCCGUCGUCUCCGAGGAAGAUGCUCCUCUCCUCUGCGGUGCGUCUUUUCUGAGUUCUACCUCUCACGUGCAUACACACACACACUAAAACACACAUUUUUUGAAGAUACAGUAUGUUUUUCAUGUAACACAUCAUUCACAAAGAAAUGUGAAAAAAAGAUUUUCUCUUCUGCAUUUGUGUUAUUUAUUUAUUUAUUUCAAGCUAGGAGGCAUCUAUUGUUUGUAAUGUACAUUUCAUUCAGAAGUACUAUUUAUAUGCAUUUUGUUUUCAUUUUUUCUUUGUUUUCUGUGCAAUAUUUAUUCAUAGAUUAGGAUACUUGGUAAAUUGAUCUGUACAUUUUAAUGUAGAUUUAAUGUUUGUAUUUUUUCCGAGAGUCGGGAAACAGGUAUUUGUUACCCGCCAUGGUGAUAACCUUUGGAUGUACUUGAUGGCUCAAAAUUUGCCCUCUUCAUUGUUGGGCACUUCAGGCAGUUACCCCUAGCAUUCAGCUCCCAGAAUGCUCUUUGGGGGAUUGUGACGCAUGUCCUGACCCUUUCUGGACCACAUUUCAAAUGACUGUUGUGACAUCCUCUUCCUGUGUUUUAUUUUUUUCCUCUCUCCCCUCCAUCUUCUCAAAAAUAGAGAAAUUAGACUAGACGACGCAUGAGUUUUCUCUUAGCAAAUCUGGUUCUAGUGCAGGUACAUAGAGGAAAGAAAGAAAAGCCGUCGAGCACUAUGGGGAUGAUGCUGCAGUCUUCUGAUGACUUGGCCAAAUACUGAUGGCUGUUGUGGUGUGUUGUGAUAUGGCCGGAUGUGUGGAUUUUAGCCUUUGGAUCUGAAAUUGCCUCACUAACAGACCAAUUAUAUACAUUCAAAAUGGAAACUGUCGACAGUACGUACAACUCCAGCAAAUAAACGAGUUGAAUUUUAA